CGGCGGCGGCGCGGGCGGGCACAAGCAUCGGGUGUAGUGUUCUGGUACUGGCUGGUGGUCCGACCGGUGUGGACCGCGUCUUCGGACGGAGGCCGCCCCUCCGAGUGGAGGUCGCCUCAGCUGUGCGUGUGGAUGGGUGGUGCUCCAAGAAGCGGGCAGCAGAUGAGGCUGCAAAGACGCCCGUGAAGAUGGCAGCGACUCCGGGAGGCGGUCCCAAGACGCCAAAAAUGAAACAAAACACACCGAAAAGCAAGCCGGGCACACCCUUUCCCAAGGCCGCCACUCCCAUGAACAAGGGUGCUACUCCGGCGGCGAAGACCCCGAAGAACAAGACUCCCAAGCCCCAGCAGGACACCCCCAUGCCACCCAAGACACAAACGCCGAAGAAGCAGAAGACGCCGCAGCAGCAGAAGACGCCUCAGCAGCAAAAGCAGUUGCACCCGCCCAAACAGCAGCAGAAGUCUCCCAAGCAGCAGAAGCCGCAGGUGAACGGAAGCCGCGAGAAGGCGGCGCGCGACAUGCAGGCGCGCACGGUGCGGCUGACGUUCCCGCCGGGCACCCUCAAGUCCGUGGAGCAGGUGAAGAAGCUCGUGCCCACCGCCGCCUCGGUCAAGUUCCCCAAUGUGGUGUUCGUUGAGUUCGCGUCGGAGGCCGAGACGGACAAGAUGCACACCAAGCUGCAGCCGCUGAUCGCGGACGGCCAGCUGAACCAGGUCAACUUCGUGGGCGAGAAGGAGCGCGAGUUCCAGUCGUCCAACCGCGGCAUCGACAACACCAG